AUGACCGAGAAGCGGCCCAAGGCUACACCUGGCUCGGUUCGUGGACAAUACGUUCGCGCUGCAUGUGAGACGUGCAAGCGACGGAAGACAAAGUGCUCGGGCGAACAGCCUUGCAUGGCUUGUCAAGUGCAGUCACUGCACUGUUCAUAUGCUGCUGGCCCCAACAAAAGACGGAGAAAAUCCAAGAAAGAUCAUGUUCGCCGACAGACCGACACAGAGCUGUCGAACGAAGCUACUAACAUCAGUAGUCGAAACCCGAACAGCGCGGCUGGACCGGCACUGACAUGUCCUACUCCGAACGAGCCUGCUUCCGGAGCGCGCGAUAUCUCCCACAGUGCGAAACGUCAAUUGCCAGGUGUCCUGACCUCUCCCAGAGAAGAUCGUGACUCCUUGAAAGCCUGGCAGGCCAAUGUGGACCGCCGCCUGCAACUUCUCGAACAAAGUCUACGUCAAAGAUUCAACUCUGAUCUAAUGAGCCACCCUUUGACUGCGGCUAAUGCGGACUGCGACGCCUCGAGCGCCUUUGGAAGUGAUGAUCUUUCCGAGUCUAGAAUCUAUUCGCGGCCUGCAGUUGUUUCAAGUGCUACGCAAAGGUUUCUGGGUAGCUCUCUCAUACGUCUUGACGCUUUUGCGGUACCAGAUCGAGCGUCUUCAGGUUCUACACCGUCAGCUCAAAGUGCGCAAUGUCAAAUGGAAUCUGACUUCGAGUCAUUUGAGGCUCGUGCUGGUUCCAGAUCCACUAACGUUGGGUCGUAUCUCGGGAUCGACCAAAAUACUGGGCCUCUCAUAAAAGAGAGCGUACAAAGCUACUUCACCAACGUCAAUUCAAUGUAUCCCUUUAUCAACGAGACGCAGUGCUUGUCAGAGCUUGAAAUCAUUCUGGAUCAGAUUAAUGGAGAGUCUCUAGGAUCAAGCAACCUACACUUCGCUGCGCUCAUAAAGAUGAUGCAGGCUACGGUGCGGAUCUUGGAGGAGUUACAUCCCGAACAAGGUUCGCCACCGGGAUGGCAAGAGUAUCAAGAAGCUGUUCAUCUGACUACCCGCCUCACGCCGCCAUAUCGACCAACACUUGCUGCUAUCCAGUUCCUAAUAGCGAAAACGAUUUAUGAGACACUAUGCGACAUGCUCAGCACAGCAUAUGACACUCUCGCCUCUUGCGUGCGCAUGUGCUACCAACUACGACUUAAUUCUCAGCCAUCGAAUUUGAAACUCGCAUCGGGUCAAAAUCACACCGUAACAGAGGUCAUGUGCUCGAUAUACUGCCUCGACAAGGACAUAUCUCGCUUUCUCGAAAUUCCUUGCAUCAUGCGCGACUGCGAUCUGAAAAUACCUUUGACACAGCAACUAUCCGCUGCAGAUCAACAUUCUCCGAUCAGUGCCUCGUCGAAGUCUGGUAAUUCAGACCAGAAUUCGACACACCUUGAGGCUCUAGUACAAUGGUCAGUGCUUUCGUCUGAGAUCUGUGAUAGAGUGGCCAGCGCGAGUGCCUCGAAGCCGACGAGUCCUGAUAUUGUGGCUGUCAUGGAUGAUCGCCUGGUCAUUCUUUACCAAAGUCUCCCGUCCAAGUUUCAAUGGUCCAGGAACAUGUUAUCCGCUGAUAACAAUGCUUCCGCCAAGCAAGCUUUGUUUUUCUAUCUGGUGAGUCUCGAUCUGCACAUCUGGAUUCCGUUAUGA